CCAAAGACGUUUUAGAUAGAAAAAAGAUGGCCGCGGCGACGGUCAAGUCGAAAUCCAAUGAAAACGCUCUAUUCGCUGUGAUAUGAGAUUUGCGGAAGAGCUGUUGGCAGGCGUGGCAAAAUAACUUCCGCCUUUAAAACCCACUACAACAGAGAAAUGACAGCGACCCUGCGCCCAUACUUGAACGCUGUGCGUGCCACACUGCAGGCCGCCCUCUGUCUGGAGAACUUCUCCUCUCAGGUAGUGGAACGCCACAACAAACCAGAGGUGGAGGUCAGGAGUAGUAAAGAACUCCUACUACAGCCUGUGGUGAUCAGCCGCAAUGACAAGGAGAAGGUCCUGAUCGAGGGCUCCAUCAACUCUGUGCGAGUCAGCAUUGCUGUGAAGCAGGCUGAUGAGAUUGAGAAGAUCCUGUGCCACAAGUUCAUGCGCUUCAUGAUGAUGAGAGCGGAGAACUUCUUCAUUCUCAGGAGGAAACCGGUUGAGGGCUAUGACAUCAGUUUCCUCAUCACCAACUUCCACACGGAGCAGAUGUACAAGCACAAGCUGGUGGACUUCGUCAUCACCUUCAUGGAGGAGAUCGACAAGGAGAUCAGCGAGAUGAAGCUGUCUGUCAAUGCCCGUGCCCGUAUCGUAGCGGAGGAGUUCCUCAAGAAUUUCUGAGUUGGUGUCCCUCAUCCCUCACUGAUCACAUGACUUGGCCAUCACCAUGGAUCUGUGAGACAGGGCAGGCUCAAGGGUCCGAUAGCAGGAAGAGGGUGGAGAAGCGUACUGUAAGUGAACAACCAAUCAGCGAGGAAUACCAUAGAAAAGUGACCAAUCCAGUGUGGGUGGGUGUGUGUGGCACCCAACUGCAUCUCACAAGUAUUUCCCUGUACUCAUAAAUAUUGAUGACUGUAUAUAAUGAAUUAUUUUCUAAUUAGAACAAAUCUCAAAGCCAAGGCAGGUCCUUAAAAGUAUUAACCAGGUUGCUAUUCAUGAUUACUGGGACAAUGAGAAUGUGUUGUUGCAACUGAAACAGCCUGUGUUGUUUUUAUACAUUCUGUGUCUUUAUGUACUCUUGUUUUUUGUAACAACAAAGAAAAUGUAACCUCAAAAUGUAACGAUCAUCACGAAGAUACAUUUAAAAAAUAUGUAUGUUUACAUUUUAUUACAAGACAUCACAGAUUUAUUGAACUGUCCUAAAAUAAACCAUGUUUGAAAUGAUCACCAAUAAAACUCAUGAGAGCUUGUUUGUA